AAAAAUGGAUUUCUCAACAACAGUAUCAAGCGAUUACCAAUGGCCCUUUCCAAAGCCCAUCAUAGGAAAACCAUGCGAGCCGCCGUCCCCGGACUCGGCGCCGCCGAUGCGGCCAGCGCCGGUGGCCCCGUACUGCCACUGCGACGCCCACUCCUACUCCCCGAGGGUGCAGCAGUACCAGCAACUGCUGGAAAAGGAGAAGAAGCUGUGCGAGGACUAUGAGCAGCUGCGGAAACAGAUGAUAGACGUUACAAAUGACAUAUUGGACCAUCCAUGCGACGAUUUGGACAGCAAAAUGACAACAAUAUAUAAAUCAACGUACCAAAAAAGAUCAUUCCCAGUAACAGAAUACAGAGCAAUAAUGGCUGCCUCCCAAUCACCCGCCCCUAUCCCGAUGGAGAGCAAUCGCCUCGGAGUCCUACGCUGCUACAAGGACCCGACCAACUUCUCAGAACCCCCGCCCGUCGUCAGGCCAACCAUCGAACCGGCCAGAGAAGUUCACACAGGAGUCUCACCCAAGUCCUUCCAGAUGUAUAACGCGGACUUCCCGGGGAGGACAGAGUACCAGGAUACUUACAGCGCUUCUGCUAAGGCUUGCUGGAGGUCGAUGCAGAGGUAUAGAGAGCCUAUGCCGUCCACUAGGAGACGGGCGGAUGAUACGUGCGUGUAGGUUUUGUUCAAGCAAUAAAUGUUAGGGAAGAC